GGUCUGACUGCUGGGGAUAAGAAGUGUUUCGAGGACAUGGCCAAGGCCGACAAGGUCCGCUACAACCGCGAGAUGAGAGACUACGUCCCCCCCAAAGGCUUCGGGAAGAGGGGACGCAAGAGGAAAGACCCCAACGCACCCAAGAGACCCCCGUCAGCGUUCUUUGUGUUCUGCAGCGAGUACCGGCCCAGUGUGAAGCAGCAGUUCCCAGGUCUGUCUAUAGGAGACUGUGCCAAGAAGCUGGGGGAGAUGUGGAGCAAACUGUCCCAGUCUGAGAAGCUGCCCUACGAGGAGAAGGCCCAGAAACUACGGGAGAAAUACGACCGGGACAUGGUGGCCUACCGUGGGGGGGGCGCCCCGACGUACCCCAGGAACCCCGGCUCUUCAGCUCAGGGAGGAGAGGAAGAGGAGGACGACGAAGGAGAGGACGAAGACGAUGAUGACGACGACGAAUAGACAGAGACACAGAGAGACAGACAGAUAGACUGUCUCUGGCUCUGGGGGUGACUGUGUGUGUGUGUGUGUGUGUGUGUGUGUGUG